GUGACACGAAGAAAAAGGAAAACAAGGCUCAAGUCAAUCACGCACGCCGCAGCCUGCAGGCUGCCAUGGGUUCCAAUAGCAGCCAGGUCAAGGCCGUAGACCAGAAGAAAGAAACUCGGCAACCUCCAUCCAUCUAGAAAGCCAAAGCCGCGCAUAUAUAAACUCAAACCUCAACUCUAAACCAGCUUAGAAUCCAUCAAAGGAUACAUACACGCAUUGUAGCUUCUUCACCAAACCAACUCUUGAGCCAUGGCAGACUACCACAGAGUCCACCCGGUGCUCGCCGGCUCGCCGCUCCCGGCGCCGGAAGAGAAAGCCAGCAAGAACUCGAACCACGACAACCAGCAGCUGCCGAUCACGGCGCCGCGUCCGGACGCGCCGGCGCCACUACGCGCUCCACGCCGGAACAGCAAGCGGAAGCACGGCCGGUGCUGCCGGUGCUUGUGCUGGACACUCCUAUCCCUGCUCAUCCUCGCCAUCGCUCUCGGCGCCACGGCGGGGAUCCUCUACGCGGUCUUCAAGCCCCAAAUCCCCAAAUUCAACGUGGACCGUCUCACGGCCACCAAAUUCGACGUGAACACGACGUCCAUGGUGGUCACGGACGCCUUCGAGGUGCAGGUGACGGCCGAGAACCCGAACCGGCGCAUCGGCGUGUACUACUUGCAAGGCGGCACGGUGUCGGCGGCGUUCAACGGGACCGAGCUGUGCACGGGCGCGUUCCCGGCGCUGUACCAGGGCCACCGGAGCACGGUGCGGCCGCUGGUCACGCUCCGGGGGGAGACGAGGCUCGACAGCGAGGUGGCGGCGCAGCUUGCGAGGCAGCAGCAGGCCGGGUUCGUGCCGCUCACGGUCGCGGCGAGCGUGCCGAUCCGGAUCAAGUUUGGGGUGUUGAAGCUGUGGAAGAUGACUGGCAAGGCCAGGUGUAGCUUGGUUGUGGAUAGUAUUCGGCCUGGGACGCCGCUCAGGAUACGGUCGAAUAGCUGCAGCUUCAAGCUCAAGAUAUAGAAGAUUGUUACUGGUGGUGUCUUCUUUUUGGACCGUUUGAGCUAGCCGGCCGUGCAUGGAUUGUGUUUCUGUGCAUGUGCUUUUGUAUCUAGGAUUGAUUACGGAGGUCGCAUCCCCAUUUCUGUCGAUCUCUGUUGGUUGAGAUGCAGAGUAGUGUACAUUUCGUUACUCUAUUUAUUUUUUGGCUCGUGUAUUCAUUAUUUCGGUGUAAUAAAAUCUGUUGUAUAUAUUCCUACGGGGAAAAGAAUAAAGAUGUGAUAUUACCAUUUC